UAAUUCAAAAAUCAACAAUCUCAUUACCAAGUCUUCAAAUUGGUCAAGUCUUCCAAACCCAAAAACAAGUUCAUCGUUCAUGAACCUUCCUCAUUCUUUUUUAACCCUUUUCUUCGUAUAAAAUCUUCAACUCCAAAACACAAACCACAAAGCUUAUUUUUAUUUUUUGUUUCAUAUACUUUAGAAAUGCAAGACACCCUUCAACAACAAACUAAAGAAAGUUCACAACUUACAUCAAAGAUGUCGAUUUCCGGUUCAAACAUGAACGAUGGUUACUUAACCAUGUCUCAACGGUUCAGACCGGCUUGUACUUGCUCGAACCGGCCCGGUUCGGUUCGAUGCGCGCGUCAUGGGUAUGUUGUGCCAGGGGAGAGGUUGAAGAAGCGCGUGGCGAGUAAAGAGAUUUUGAGAAGAGCAUUAACGCCGCCACCGAAACGUUUAGGACUUAGAUGGUUGAAUUUCAAACCAACGCCAAGUAGACUCUCUAACAUGUCCAUGGCUUCAUGUUCUUUUUGACUUUCUCUACCUAAUUCUUGUUCUGUUUUUUUUUUUUUUUCUUGGGAUGAUUGUACAAGUUUAAAUCAUAUUAAAUUAGAUGAUUUUAUAUGUGUUUGAUCUUUAUAAAGUUUUAAUUUUUACACUUGGGUCAUCUAGUUUUGUACCCUUCUCUAUUUUCUUCUUGAAAGUCAAUUGGGUAUCUAUGUGUUCACUUUUGGGUAAUUUAGAGAGAAGAUUUUGAAUAUGUUUUUGUUUUUCAUUACUUUGAUUCAAUUGUUAAUGUUUUAAGUUAGAUAAAGUUGGUGAUUUGCACAUGUGUUACUAUGUCUGAAUCAUGCCUUCAAUUGAUCCAUCAAUUUACGUUAA